UAGCAAAAGAAGCACAAAAGAAGAAAGUUAGGCGGUGAGACUUGGGGACACCAGAUAUUGAUAGCUCUCUGUACUUGUCCAUUGGCCGCACCCCAACUCGUAAACCACAUGCACCAAGCAACAUCUCUCUCUCUCUCUCUCAUCAGCUCAAGAUCUUCCUUGAAGCUAAUCUGAGGCUCGCAGUCAAUCUCUCUCUACAGCUUCUGCAAGUCUGCAUUUUUCUCUCUCUACUUCCAUUGCACACAGACCUCAAGGGUCCGUUUAAUUACGGGGUCCCUGUUUAUCUUCUACUUCCAGCUAAGCUUGCUCUUCUCUGUCUCUCUGGGCUUACGCUUUGGUCAAGCUUGGCUUUUUCAAUUCCGGUUGCUUCUUCCACAAGAUCUUAUCCCACUCUGCUUAAAAACCAAGCUUAAAAUUUUCUCUGAGAAAGUGAAAGAAAAAAAGAAGAAAUUCCCAGAAUUUUCCCGAAAAGCUACGUUAGCACUGAGAGCUGCAGCGUAUGUAUAAUGGUCCGCCAGCAUCAAAUUCUACCACGAGCCCAUUAAUUCAAAUACCCUACAGUAGCAAGCAGUGCACCGCCAUUCAUGGAUUCAAAUACCCACCAACCCAAUUCUGGGAUGCUCAGAUUUCGCUCCGCCCCGAGCUCCCUCCUCGCCAAUUUGGCCGACGGCGGCGAUUCGGGCCUUCACAGUAAAAACCCAGUUGAGGGUUCUUUGGAGUCCGAGAGAUUGUUCUCCAGAUUCGCGAAUUACAGCCAUACCAACGACUCGGAUUCUUGGCCGUCGAGUUUUCAAGAAUUAGACGAUAAAUCCGUGGUGACGGUGACGAAGGCGGCUGUGCCGGCGAGCCGGGUGAGUUCACAGGGAGGGUAUUCAGGGAUGCUGCCACCUCAUUAUCCGAGGCAGAGCUCGUUUAAUGGCGGAUAUGGGUUGGCGGGUUCGGGUGCAAUGGAGCAUCAUCACACUGCGGCCAACAAGUCACUUCAUUCAACUUCAAAUCUUGUCAGACAAAGUAGCUCCCCAGCCGGCCUUUUCUCCAACACCUCUGUUCAAAACGGUUUCCCAAUCGGAAAUUGGAACGACUCAUCAAAUUUUCCAGAGAAUUUAGGUGGCAUGAAAAGUGACCAAGAUCAUGAUGGGAAAUUAUUUUCUGUUGAUCAGAGCGGAGAGCUUGAAAACCGGAUUCAUGUAUUAUCCCAUCACCUGAGUUUACCAAAAACUUCAGCAGAAAUGGCCAUGGAAAAGUUCUUGCAACUUCAAGAUUCUGUACCUUGCAAAGUUAGAGCAAAGCGAGGUUGUGCCACUCAUCCUCGAAGCAUUGCCGAAAGAGUGAGAAGAACACGGAUCAGUGAACGAAUGAGGAAACUACAAGAACUUGUCCCGAACAUGGACAAGCAAACCAACACGGCAGACAUGCUAGAUUUGGCGGUUGAUUAUAUUAAGGAUCUUCAGAAACAGUUCAAGACACUUAGCGAUGUUCGAGCAAACUGCAAGUGUUUAAACAUGCAGAAGCAGGUUUCGAAUCGGACCGUUUGACGUUCUUUUCUGUACAGGAAAUCAGGAAAGUGAUGGGGGAAGUGGGUUGAAACCACAUAAAAUAUUUUCCUGUAUGCAGUGAAGAACAAGUAUAAACUACAGCAACAAAAGAGGGAAAAAACAAGUAGAGGGAGCUAUUAGGUAAUGUAGUUUUUGAUGGGGUGUGAUGUAGAAGGUUGCUAGAUUUUCCACCACAAACGUGGAGGGGACCAGGUCUUGUGUCCUAAACAAGCAGCUUGAGUUCCCAGUACACAAUAUAUGAAAUAAACAUAAAAAAAACGUAACAGGAGAUGUUCUAAUAAUGUACUCCCUUAAUUU